AUGAGCGGGAUUUUUGAAGAUAACAUUCGCACAGACCCUGAUCUUGGGGUGCUUUCGAAGCUGGUGGGUGAGCUUUUUACACGGCUUCAGGAUAAUCGUGCAGCCAUGGACAAGCUCAAGCGUCAGGCUAGCACAGUCAAUGACAAGGAAGAUGAAAAGUGCGGCGCACUUAAGAAUGCAAGCGCCAAACAUUUACGACCUACCUUUAAGCUGCGGCGUGAUACAUUAAAAAACGGUCCGGGAGAUCUGCUGGCAGGUAAUUCAACGGACGAUGAAGAUGACGAAUAUGAAGACGGAGAAGAUUUGUUGGCAGGUAAUGGACAACCGCAACUUACAAGUAAUCAAAAAGUCGAAGCAUGGCGUAAAACUGUUGCCCCUGGCGUGGACAGUAUUGAUGACGAUCAGGAUGAGGGUCCUAGUAGCAAUAGUAAUAUUGCAGAUCAACGAGCAGGACUAAUGGCUCCCCGAGUUUUUGCAACAGCCCGAGGAGCUGGGCUGGGAACAGCAGAUAGCAGUAGUAGCGGUGGGACUAGUGGAAGUGAACUAAGCGAUGAAGACGAAGACGAACCUAAUACAACAGCAGACGAGGACGAGGGUCCUUGUUCCCUGUAUUAUGGUGAGGAUGCUGCAGUGCCAAAUCCAGUAAUGACGCCUGGCCAAGUACGUGCUCUCAACGAAGCAGAAUUGUCACGAGCAAACCUUGAUUUGCGAAUCGAAUUGCAGCGACUAGAAGUGAUUGAAGAAAAAAUCAUGGAAGUUUUAGGUCGUUAUGCAGUCACAUUGCAAAAUGUUGUAGAUGGAACACGCGCAUAUCUACGAGAGUAUUCUCAUGCAUCUGAGACACUUACAAAUACUUAUGAAGGCCGGAUCAGAGAAGAAAAAAUGUUACAACAACGGCUGUUAGAUACCCGCAAAGCCAUGAAUACUGAACUAAAGAAUCUGCAUACCCUUGCGACGCAGUCGAGCGCAGCCAUUGGUUCAGAUAUCGAUGCAAGGCUUGAAAAGAAAGCUACGUCUGAAGAGGAUAAGCCUUUGCUGAAUUACACAACAAGAGUUCCUCCAUGA